ACAUAAAAUAGUUGAAUGGUGGUUGUUGUGCCAAACCCGGAAGUUGGUGACGUCUCAGACAAAACAAAGAUGGCAGGAAUGGGAAGCAGUAACUACUGGGAAGAUCUUCGAAAACAGGCCAGGCAAUGGGAGAAUGAACUGGACCUAAAGUUGGUGUCCUUUAGUAAACUAUGUACCAGCUACAACAGCUCAAGGGAUGGACGGCGAGGAGACACGUCAGACACCACACCGUUGUUAAAUAACUCGACUCAGGACAGAAUGUUUGACACCAUGUCAGUGGAGAUUGAACAGCUGCUGGCCAAACUGACGACAGUGAAUGACAAGAUGGCAGAGUACACCAAUGCUCCAGGCGCGGCUUCUCUGAAUGCCGCACUCAUGCACACCCUCCAGAGGCACAGAGACAUCCUCCAGGAUUACACACAUGAAUUCCACAAAACUAAAGGAAACUUCUUAGCCAUCCGUGAACGGGAAGACCUAUUAGGAUCUGUCAGAAAGGACAUUGAAAUGUAUAAAAGUGGUUCAGGUGUGAACAACAGAAGAACAGAGCUGUUUCUGAAGGAACAUGAGCACCUGAGAAAUUCCGAUCGGCUGAUGGAUGACACAAUAAGCAUUGCCAUGGCAACCAAGGAGAAUAUGACAUCCCAAAGGAGCAUUCUGAAAUCCAUACAGAGCCGAGUCAACACGCUGGCCAACCGGUUCCCAGCUAUCAACAGUCUCAUCCAACGAAUCAACCUCCGGAAGCGACGGGACUCCCUCAUCCUCGGCACUGUGAUUGGCGUCUGCACCAUUCUCCUCCUGUUCUACGCUUUUCACUGAAUAUUUCAAAGGAGCCAAUAGAUUGGCUCUUUGUUGCAUAGGACUCCCUGAAAAACGGCUCGGUGAUUGAGGACCCUGGAGACUCCUUAGCUCGAGGAUGUAAGAUCUGUCCAACAUGAUCUACUGAACUCAUAUCUUGUUGUGGGACAGAUGGACAGCUUACUGGUGGGUGGAAUAUUUUCCUGCUACAAGACAAAGGAAUAAAAAAGUACUAAAAACUUGUAUCAUAAUAAUUCCCUUCAAGAAACCAUGUGCUGAGAAAUUGGUGAACCGUUGAAAUAUGAUCAUGUUUUUUUCACAUUUUAUUUAGAUGGUUCUUUUGAAUUGAUGUGCAAAUUGGACAUGGGUGUUCAUGUGAGUUAAUAAAUUAUUCAUAUCCAUUUGAUGUGCAAAUCAA